CCUGAGCUUGAUAAAAUCAUUUCUCUGUGGCCGAAGUCAGACAACGAAAGUUGGCUCGAUAAUCUCAAGGCCUAAACCAGUAAGUAGUGGUGUGAUCCAGGGAAGUGUAUUAGGCCCACUCUUAUUCAUAAUAUAUAUAAACAGUAUCUGUGAAUGCUUUAGUGUAGGUAAACCAGUACUAUAUGCAGAUGACUUAAAAGUGACGUAUAAAUGCAAGAACACAGAUCUUGGAAUAACAGUAAACGCCAUACAGCAAGAAUUAGAAAAAAUGGAUAGAUGGUGUGACACCUGGCAACUCCAAUUUAAUGUCGAAAAAUGUGGCUGGCUCUGCAUAGGUUGCAACAAUUUAGAACUUGACCUGACAAUUCAAAGCCAUGCACUUCAACGACUGGAAUCUGUACUGGACCUAGGGCUGAAAUAUUCACAUAACUUAUCAUUUUCUGAACAUAUCUCCAAACAAGUGUCAAAGUCACGCAGACUUAUCGGCUUUCUACUCAGGAACUUCUACAGAAAUGAGUCUAGAAUUCUGCUGUACAAGGUUUGUGUGCGUCCUUUAUUUGAUUACUGUUCAUUCAUGUAUAGUAGCAUACGCAUAGAGGACAAAUUGAAAGUCGAGGAAGUGCAGAGGUACUUCACGUUAAAAUCACUCGGAACCGAAAAUUGUGCGAACUACUCCACUAGAUGUGAUACCCUAGGACUAGAAACACUAUGGCUAAGACGCCUGAGACUAAACUUGACACUUUACUAUAAGCUUCUUAACCACUUAGUUUUUACCUCUACCAAUGGCACUCGACUUUCAGAUGACAAUGGCUACAAACUAAGACACACUAAGGGUACAGUAGCUAUCGAACAAUGUAAAACAACCACCAGGCAAAAGUUUUACUUGAUUAGGUAUGCACAGAUAUGGAAUAAACUGCCAAUGGAAAUGCGUCAAGCAAGUACAUUGACCUCCUUCAAAAAGGUGCUUAAUGACAAACUACAAGACUUUGCAAACGAUAGUAGUCCUAGUUCCUAUCUGAGAGCCUCCGGAAUUAUAGGUCCAUUUAAUGUAUAAGCUUAAAUACUACACCUGUCGUUUUUUGCCUAUAUUUAUAAUUCUAGAUAAAACAUUAACGGUUAAGAUACG